AUGGGAAAUGGAUAUUCAGAUUGUGCUUGCGAGCACGAUGUCGACGCAGGUUGUGAAGACCUGGAAAGAUGUACUGUAUUCAUCAACAUCUACGACUUGAACAGGGACUGGCUAACUGCAAACAAAGUGGGCAAAAAACUACUUAACAUGGGGGCAUUUCACGCGGCGGUUGAGGUCUACGGUCAUGAAUGGUCAUAUGGAUGUGAGGGUGUUGAACGAGCAGAGCCUCGUCGACACGAAGUACACAUCUAUCGUCAAAGCGUGAACAUGGGUCCAACAUCGAUGAGUGAGAUUGAGGUAAACAAGAUCAUAGAGGCCAUGAAACCUUUCUGGCUCGCCCAUGAAUACGACCUGCUGCAGCACAAUUGCUGUAGCUUUGCAGAUGCCUUUAGCCAAGAGCUCACACAGAGACCCUUGCCUCCGUGGGUCAACCGUCUCCCGAGGCUCUUGUCAAAUGUUGACCUUGUCUCUCCAAAGUUUAGCCGGUCAGUGUCAAGAGCUACAUUCCGGCUCGAAGAUGACGAAGGUGAGCAUGAUGAAAGCCCAAAGAUGGACGCGGUGGACACGUACCCAAGCCUUGAUAGCAGGCGCAGAGACCAGGAAUCUGACAAUCAAUCCGCUUCACUGCACCGGUGGCAGGCGCACAUAGGUGGCAGGCGCAGCGCAGAGACCAAGGAUCCAACCAUCACGCUGGUAAACUGCACGGGUGGCAGGCGCAGAGGCGCAGAGACCAGAGAUCCAACAAUCAAUCCGCUGAACUACACCGAUGCAGGCGCAGAGACCAGGGAUAG